UCCGUAGCCAUGGCGCCCUCUGUCUUCGUAUAGAACAAAGAAAGAUACGUCGUGGCCUACGUAUCCUACGGGUAUCCAAUAUCGUUUGAGCUCCGGUAUUCUUGCUCGGGCUCGCCUCGCAACAGAUCCAUCUGCUAUCUCCCUCUCCCCUCCUCGCCCGCGCCACCUGACCUGACAGACUCGGAGACUCCCGCAGCUCGCAUCGGGACGGGACGCGUCCCACUCUCCCAUGUAACAGCAGCUAGUCAGCACCAACGAGCAGCUCCUCACCCUCACUGGCCAGGCCCGACCAACUCACCCUUCGCCGCCCCGAUCGCCGCCGCCGCCGCCGCCGUGGGGUUGCAUUCCAAUGUGGCGGCGCGGGGCGCACGCCGACGCCGCGCACCAUCUCCCCACCGCGGGCCCGGGCGCGUCCUCCUCCUCCUCCUCCGCCACCGCCGCCGCGGCGCGGAGACGGCGGCGCCCGGGGCUGCCGUGCCGCCCGAGCCACCUCUUCUUCGCGCUCCUCGUGGCGCUCUUCACCGCCUCCCUGCUAGUGGUCUGGCAGCUGCUCCCCAUCGGCGACGGCGGCGCGGCGGAGGGGGAGGGGGAGGACGGGGAGGCGCCGCCGCUGUCGCGCCUCGAGGGAGGCCAAGCCGGGGCGAUGCGGUUCUCGUCCUCCAGCCUAGUGCUGCGCGCGUUCGACGGCGAGAGCCGGCUCGAGGCCGCGAGAUCCGAGCGGCGGCGGUGGGCCAUCCUCGCGCCCGUCAGGGUAGCGCUCGCAGUUGGAAAUAUGAACAUAGAUGCACAAUCUCUGAUGCUUGCAACUGUUGCCAAAAGUCUUGUGAGUCUGGGCUACGAAGUUGAGGUUUUAGCGUUUACAGAUGGGAAAGCUCGUGAUAUUUGGGAAAAUAUUUGCCCUGUAAAUAUUGUGAACGUUGGGACUUUGAAAUCUGUCGACUGGUCAAAGUACAAUGCUGUGCUAUUAAGCUCUCUCGAAGGGAAAAGGGUUGUUUCAAUUCUUAUGCAGGAACCGUUCCGGCUUCUACCAGUGGUUUGGCUUAUACAUGAAGACACUCUUGGACAGCGUCUUAGAAAUUAUGCAGAGUUACAUGAUUCCAUUCCAAAUAUCAUUGAAGAUUGGAGGGCUCAUUUUAAUGCAUGCGCUUAUGUUGUUUUUCCAGAUAGCUACCUUCCUUUCUUGUACUCGCCUCUUGAUUCUGGAAACUUUUUGGUGAUUUCUGGUUCUCCAGUUGAUAUCUGGGCUGCUAAAAGAUUUGGCUCAUCACAUUCUGAAGAAACUAUAAGAAAGCAACAUGGGAUUGGAAAAGAUGAUGUCGUUAUUUUGGUCAUUGGAAGCUACUUGUUCUUUGAUGAUUUACCAUGGGAUUAUGUCACAGUCAUGCGUGCAUCAGCUCCACAAAUUUUGGAUAUAGCAAAAACUAAAAAACUGAAAGUGCAGUUUAUUUUUUUCUGUGGAAAUGGCUCUGAUGCCUACAACUCUGCUUUCCAGGAACUUACCUCGCACAUGGGUUUACCUGAUGUCUCCAUAAAGCAAUUUUCCAUGACUCAUGAUAUUAGAAACCUGUUAAUGUUUGUGGAUGUUGUUCUCUAUGGAUCUUUAAGACAAGAGCCUGGCUUCCCUCCUUUGUUAUUGCGGUCCAUGUCCUCUGAAACUCCAGUUGUUGCACCAAAUCUUACUGUUAUAACAAAAUAUGUCAGUGAUGGUGUCCAUGGCUUCCUUUUCGAUUCUGCCGACCCAAGCACGAUUUCUUCAGCUUUCAUACAAAUUUUAGGAGAAAAAAAGCUUUUGGAUACUGCCUAUUCUGUUGCUCUGGAAGGGAAGCUACUUUCCAAGAACAUGUUAGCACAUGAUUGUAUUAAAGCUCAUGUUAAGCUUCUUGAAAGUGUUAUUCAUUUUCCUUCAUAUGCAAAAUUGCCAUCUUCUGUUUCUAAAGUUCAAGAACGAACAUGGCUGUGGGAUCCUUUUGAGAUGAAAGUUGUACUAGAAAAUAAUUUGUUGGAAGAUGAAAGCCAUAUCAGCACAAAGGCUGUUGAUAUUCUUAGAGAAUUCCCUCAAAGUACCCAAACAACUUAUGCUGAUACCAAUGAUACUUCAUAUGAUUACCCUCGUUUGUCCGAUUGGUAUGACUUAAGUGAAAUUGAAAUCUUUGAAGACAUUGAGAGGAGAGAAAUGGAGGAGAUUGAUGAAAGAGUGGAAAGACCUUUGUUAUCAUGGGAUGAAGUGUACAAAAACGCUCGUAAAUCAGAAAGGCUAAAGCCAGAAGGAAAUGAACGUGACGAAGGUGAACUAGAAAGGACUGGGCAACCUGUGUGUAUAUAUGAGAUCUAUAGUGGAGAGGGGGCAUGGCCAUUUUUACACCAUGGGUCUUUGUAUCGUGGUGUUACACUUUCAAAAGUUGGAAGGCGACCGAGAUCAGAUGAUGUUGAUGCCGUUACCAGGCUUUCAGUUCUAGACAACCCAUACUAUCGAGAUCUUCUUUGUGAAUUUGGUGCUAUGUUUGCCAUUGCGAACAGAGUUGAUAAUGUACAUAAGUUACCAUGGAUAGGUUUCCAGUCAUGGCGGGCUGCUGGAAGAAAGGUAUCCUUGUCUGAAAGUGCUGAAAAAACCUUAGAGGAAAUUACGUCUGGAGAAAGUAACGAGGAUGUCGUAUACUACUGGUCACCAAUGGAUAUGGACCAAACUUCUGACUUUUGGUUGACGUGUGAUUCUCUAAAUGCUGGCAAUUGCAGAUCUCUUUUUGAAGAUGCAUUUAGGACUAUGUAUGGAUUGCCAGAGAAUGUCAUGGCCCUUCCACCAAUGCCCAGUGAUGGCGAUCAUUGGUCUACUCUUCAUAGCUGGGUCAUGCCCACCCCAUCAUUUUUGAAAUUCAUCAUGUUCUCAAGAAUAUUUGUCGAUUCCCUUCAUAGCUUGAAUGUGAAUAGUACUGAGCCAACCUCUUGCUUCCUUGGGGCAUCAGAACCUGAGAGAAGGCACUGCUAUUGUCGAAUCCUUGAAGUCCUUGUAAAUGUCUGGGCUUAUCACAGUGGAAGGAAGAUGGUGUACCUUAACCCUUUCACUGGGGAUACCAGAGAGCAGCAUCUGCUUGAUAAAAGAAAUAGGAUGUGGGUAAAGUUCUUCGAUUUCACCCUUCUGAAGAGCAUGGAUGAGGAUCUGGCAGAAGAAGCUGAUGAUGGCAUGCAUCCUGGAAAUGAUCAAUGGCUGUGGCCAUUAACUGGUCAGGUGUUCUGGCCUGGCAUUGCUGACCGGGAAAGGGAGGAGAAAUAUAUUAAAAAGCUAGACAAAAAGCUCAAGAACAAGGUGAAAUUACUUGAAAGGCAGAAGUCUGGUUACAAGCAGAAGCCCUUGGGACAAUGACCAUGACUGAAGCUAACAAUUCAAGAUUUUUCCGAACCACGUUGGGUGCCAGUGCUCUUGCAUUCUGUUUUCUGAUUGCAGCAGUUCAACAUGUUUACAUGGAAGAAUAGUUGGAGCACAAAAAGGCACCGUUGUUGUGAAUACGGAUUCUUUUUACGCCUCCUUGAUCUCCCUCUUCGAAGGAGAUUGGUGAAGCUGGAGGAUAUUGUCAGGAUGGGGAAGCACCACUUUUUCCUGUUCAUAUAGACAGGUCUUAUAAUUCUCCAUAUAGUUGAAACUGAUUCUUUUCUUUACUUGUCUUCCCCACCUGCCAUGAAAGGGCAGCUGGAUGAGGAGCAAAAUUUUGGUAGGAUCAUACUAACCAUCGUUGUACAUGUAAAGAGGCACCGCCACGGAAGUAAUAAUCAUGUUUCAUGAGAUGUCAUGUUGAUUGA